AUGAAAGACAUACAUGAACGAAAUAUGCACUGCGGCGGUCAAACACUGCUGGCAGCAGCGAGACAAAAAUUUUGGCCCAUCAAGUGUAAAAUUAUGGCAAGAUCAACUAUUCACCAUUGCGUUCGUUGUACUAGAUGUAAACCUAUUACUUUUGAACAAGUCAUGGGAAGUUUACCAAGGCAUCGAGUACAGCCAAACAGCCCAUUUUUUAAUACCGGAGUUGACUUCUGUGGACCUUUUUGGGUGCAUUAUAAGGUGAGAGGAAAACGUCCGCAUAAGGCAUACCUAGCGGUUUAUUGUUGUUUUGCGACAAAGGCAGUACACUUGGAACUGGUAAGCGACUUGACAACAGAAGCAUUUAUCGGAUCAUUAAAACGUUUUAACGCACGACGCGGAUGCUGCCAAAAUAUAUACUGUGACAAUGCAACAAAUUUUGUCGGUGCCUCUAAUAAGUUGCAGGAAUUAACAACAACAAUCCAUUCCAAUGUAGCUCAGGAACAAAUAACAAAAACUUGCAGCAACAAAGGAAUAGCAUUUCACUUCAUCCCUCCUCGUGCACCUCAUUUUGGUGGACUAUGGGAAGUAGCGGUUAAAUCAGCAAAGUACCUAUUGGUCCGAAGCGUUUCAGCUGAAACGUUAACGUACGAGGAACUCGAAACCGUCAUUAUAGAAAUAGAAGCUAUUUUAAACUCUCGACCUUUAACACCAAUGUCGUCUACCAAAUGA